UUCUCGCGGGUUUACAAAAGCACUUCCUGUUCACGUGGAAGGUCACGACCGGAAAAGGUCACAGGCAAGAAUUGAAGAUGGCGGCCCCCUUAUGUCAAUGUUAUCAGAUGUGUGUCAGAAGAGGCGUGAUGGUCUGUCCUUCCACUUACCUCCUGCUCACCAACAGAACCAGUGUUUACAGGAUACCUGGACUCCUCACAACCGCCGCACAGGUGAGGUAUUUGUCCGGAGAGAAGGGCGGUGGCAGAAGAGGCUUUCUCGGGGAGUUUUUGGACAACCUUAAGCAGGAGUUAAACAAGAACAAAGAAAUGAAAGAAAAUAUAAAGAAAUUUCGGGAAGAAGCCAAAAAACUCGAAGAGUCUGAUGCAUUGAAACAAGCUCGGAAGAAAUAUAAAACUAUAGAAUCAGAAACAGUGAAGACCUCGGAAGUUUUCAAGAAGAAGCUUGAAAACAUUUCAGAUACAGUAAAAGAGGGCCUGGAAGAGGUCAGUCGGACAGAAAUUGGAAAGAAAAUCAAAGAAGGAAUGGAAGAAGCAGCCAAAACAGCAAAGACAUCAGCAGAAAGUGUCAGUAAGAGCGGAGAAAUGCUGGGAAAGACGGGUGCAUUCAAAGCAAUAUCUCAGGGAAUGGAGAGUGUGAAGAAAGAGAUCGGAGAUCUUGGCCACACCGGCCCUUAUCGGCCUCCACCCAGGCUACGGAAGAGGAGCGAAUUUUCCUCCAAAGGGGCUGGGGAUGAAGGCAAAGUCUUCGAAGCCAACGAGGAAGCCAUGGGCGUCGUGCUGCACAAAGACUCAAAAUGGUACCAGCAGUGGAAAGACUUCAAAGACAACAACGCGGUCUUCAACAGGUUCUUUGAAAUGAAGAUGAAGUAUGACGAGAGUGACAACGCCUUCAUCCGAGCCUCCCGAGCCGUCACAGACAAGAUGACGGACAUCAUAGGUGGACUCUUUUCAAAGACAGAAAUGUCUGAAGUGUUGACAGAGAUUUUGAAAGUGGACCCUUCCUUUGACAAGGAUGCUUUUCUGAAGCAGUGCGAACGAGACAUUAUUCCAAACAUACUGGAGGCGAUGAUCAGAGGGGAGCUGGAGGUUCUGAAGGACUGGUGCUAUGAAGCCACAUACAGCCAGCUCGCACAUCCCGUUCAGCAGGCCAAAGCCAUGGGGCUUCAGUUCCACUCCAAGAUUCUGGACAUAGACAACAUCGACCUGGCCAUGGGCAAGAUCAUGGAGCAAGGUCCUGUGUUGAUAAUCACCUUCCAGGCUCAGAUGGUCAUGGUGAUCCGAAACACCAAAGGGGAGGUGGUGGAGGGAGACCCUGAUAAAGUUCUCAGGAUGAUGUAUGUGUGGGCUCUCUGCCGAGAUCAGGAGGAGCUUAACCCAUAUGCUGCAUGGAGACUCCUAGAUAUCUCUGCUUCAAGCACAGAACAGAUCCUUUAAGACUUCUUUUUUAUACCAAGAGAAACAGCCCACCCAGGAAAAGACCACACAACCUGCACAGAAACUCAAAAACGGAAGGAUGGAAGGACGUGGAAGAUGGACCGCUCGGCAAAAAAGACAAACUUUUUUUGUCAACACAAUGUGAAUUACUGCUGUUGAAUGCUAUGGGUGCCUCUUUGUCAUUUUUCAAUUUUAGCUUCAGUACCAAUUGUGCUCAUUGCCUGAAUUCAGUUGUCAUUUCCUCAAAUUUACCACCAGAGGGCAGCAAAGUACAGACAUUGAUUCUGACCGAAUUUUGAUAUUCAGGAUUGAUUACUAAAAGUUCAUUAUAUUAUUGCUGUAAAAAGUACAUUAAAUCCAGUAAAUUACCUUAAUAUUAUCCUGUUUUGCUGGUUGUAAUUUUAAAAAAAAGUCUGUUUCUGAGACUCAGUCACUCUUUUCAUCUCCAUUGACAUUAUAAAGGUUACUGGCGUUGGUGCCAUUCAUUCUUUUUAAGAAUCUUUAUUUGUAUAAUUAUUCAAUAAAAUGGUUACCCCCCUAUAGUAAAUAUUUAAUUAUAAAAAUAGAGAUUAACACUAUUUUGCCAGAGUAGCAAAUAUCUGGUAAACGCAGUAUCUUCGCUGAAAAGGGUUACAUUAGUUCCAGAUUUCUAGGCCAUUGGCUGAUUUCUUCUGGGGCCUUUUCUAAUUACAUUUUUCAAAUUAAAUUCUCCAGUGGGAUUUUUGUGUUGGCUGUUGGAUUUCAUUUGGGGAAAAAAUCCCACCUUCAGAUUUGCGUUUGAGUAAAACUGAGCUGUUUGCACAGUAAACUAUUCCUGAUAAAACAAUCCCAUAAAACUGAAUCAUAAUCCUCAUCUCUUUUUUGGGGGUGAAUUUUGAUCAUAAUAUGCAACUAGUUACAAUUUAUUAAUGCAAUUACAGUAAUAAAUGUAUAAAAAAGGAA